AUGUCGCACUUUGACACCCUUCAGCUCCACGCCGGUCAGGAGGUGGACCCGGCCACGAAUGCGCUCGCCGUGCCCAUCUACGCCAACUCGUCGUUCGCCUUUAACGACUCGGCACACGGUGCUGACCUCUUCGGUCUGCGCAAGUUUGGCAACAUCUACUCGCGUCUGAUGAACCCCACCAACGAUGUGUUCGAGAAGCGUAUGGCUGCGCUCGAGGGCGGUGCUGCCGCGCUCGCCACCUCGUCCGGCCAGGCCGCGCAGGGCAUGGUGGUGAUGGGCCUCGCCGGCGCCGGCGACAACAUUGUGUCCUCGUCGUACCUCUACGGCGGUACCUACAACGCCUGGGCCAACCUCUUCCCCCGUCUCGGCAUCACCACCAAGUUUGUCAAGUCGGAGAAGCCCGAGGACUACGCGGCGGCGAUCGAUGCCAAGACCAAGGCGAUCUACAUCGAGUCGAUCGCCAACCCCAAGUACAUCGUUCACGACAUUGCUGCGAUCGCCAAGGUGGCGCACGACCACGGCAUCCCGCUCGUGGUGGACAACACGUUCGGUGCGGGCGGCUACCUGGUGCGCCCCAUCGAGCACGGUGCCGAUAUUGUGGUGCACUCUGCGACCAAGUGGAUCGGCGGCCACGGCACCACCAUUGGCGGUGUGAUUGUGGACAGCGGCAAGUUUGACUGGAGCAAGAGCGGCAAGUUCCCGCAGUUCACCGAGCCCUCGGCGGGCUACCACGGCCUCAAGUUCUGGGAUACGUUUGGCCCCAUCACGUUUGCCAUCUACCUGCGUGUGGUGAUCCUGCGUGACCUGGGUCCGUGCCAGAACCCGUUCGGUUCGUUCCUGCUGCUCCAGGGUCUCGAGACGCUCUCGCUGCGUGUGGGCCGCAUUGUGGAGAACGCGCUGUCGCUGGCCAAGUGGCUCGAGCAGCACCCUCAGGUGUCGUGGGUGUCGUACCCGGGUCUGGAGAGCCACCCCUCGCACGAGACGGCCAAGAAGUACCUGCAGCGCGGUUUCGGCGGUGUGCUGUCGUUCGGCAUCAAGGGCGACGCGGCGAAGGGCAGCGCCUUCGUCGACAGCCUCAAGCUCGCCACCAACCUGGCCAACGUGGGUGACGCCAAGACGCUCAUCAUCCACCCUGCGAGCACGACGCACCAGCAGCUUAGCGACGAGGACCAGCUGUCGUCCGGUGUGACCAAGGACCUGAUCCGCGUGAGCGUCGGCUACGAGUGGAUCGAGGACAUCAAGGCCGAUUUCACCCAGGCGUUUGAGAAGACCUCGGGCGUCAAGGGCGACGUCAGCUCGGGCCAGACCGGUCCCGCCCCCGGCCUUUCGGGCUCUGUGUAA